UAUUAAAUUUCCAGUCAGCGUAAAUUCAUCAACAAUCCUUACAGCAGGUAUCUGCUGUAUCUGAAAGUACUUAAGCAACAGUUUCUGGAGAACUCGGAAGUGAAAGCAAACCGUGGAAGUUUUGGUUAUUUAUAGUUAAUAAUAAAUAAUACUCUUACCACUGAUUCACUGUUAUUUAUAACCAUCUUGCUAAUUAGCACUUGAUUUGCAUUCUUGUUGCAACUGUGAUCUGUUGGUUUGUGGUUUGCCGGUAAAGCACGUGGUGCUGUGAUAUUGCUGUAAAGUAGUUUGGUUUGGCUAGCGUCGCACUUUGUCGGCAACACCGCCGGAAGUCAAAAGUUGGCACAAACUGGCGAUCGCCUUUUAUAAGUUGAUACAUUUGUGAACUUUGCAUGCGUGCGAGGCGGCAACGCUAAGUUGUUGCUCCAACAGUAUAAUGCCUGUUAUCCUCACAAAUUGGUGAUAAUAUCAUCAUGUCGUUUAAUGUGUUUGGAGAUCCUUUUAUCUGCCAUUAUUCCAAAACAGAAGCACUGCAGGACGCUGGAUCUGAAGUCCCCUUUUCGGCCUUUGCUCAGGGUUUUUCUGGAUAUUUUUCCUUUCAUCAAGUAGAUCCGCAGUGGAAUUCAAGAGCUUGCCCGUCGGAACCCAUUUCACCUUCUGUUUCGCGCUCUGAUUCCUGCUGCUCCACGCCGUCCGUGGACGACAGCUUUUUCAAAGCAGAGCAGUCGUUUUACCCUUGGCACUGCCCGCGUGAAGAAAUAUCCCUCCCGAAUCCGAUCAAGGCUGAACCCACAGAAGAAUACUAUCCACCGAACAGCCACUUGUCUGCCGAUUCCUCAUCGUUUUCGAACGAUUUAUUCACCGAGAGGAAUAACCUUAUUCCAGAGUGUGAUUUGGAAGAACGCUAUCAGGAUUUUAUGCAGUUUCUGAAAGAAACGACUGAUUUAAAUGGUUUAGAAAUCGACAGUAUGCCAUAUGAAAGUCUUGAAGAAUACUCCUCUGAAUCAGCAAGCAUGAAAAAGAGAAAUUCGCAGAAACCGAGGAAGGCAGGUAGUUCACCGCGGGCAUCUUCGGGACAACAGACUUCGCCAGUUGCAUCCAGGAACGCACUUCAGCGGAAGAGAAAAUCAAACGGGAACGACACCCGGUUUGAGCAGUCGCGCAACUCGAGUUCGUUGUCCGGAGAUGACGACAGCUCGGCUACGAGCAGCAAACGCUCCAAAGGUCUCUCGUCGGAAGAAUCAUAUGCUCAAAGGCGCGAGAAGAAUAAUACCGCUGUACGAAAAAGUCGCGAAAAGAAGCGCCAGGAAAACCAGCGCUUCCUCGAAGAACACGAGAAGCUGAAAAAAGAAAUCGAAACGAUAAAGACUCAAAAUGACCAGUUGCAGACGGUGUUAGCGGAAGUGGAAGAUGGUUUACUGGAUACAGGAAAAUCGAAGGAGGAAUUAACGGCACUGGUCCAAAGCGCUAAAAAACAGCUACUUCAAUGAAAGAGUUGAUCAUAAUUAUUUACCUGUUUCCUUUACAAAACGAGGACUGUGCAUGUUUGUUCCGUCUUCGUUUAAUUAAAUGAUGGUUUUAUUUUUUACCAAAGUUUAGGUGUUAGCUGAAUUAGUAUGAACCCUGAAGAUAUACAAUA